AUGCCCGCCAGAAAGCGCGCCCGCCAGGAGGCCGAACUGGACAACAGCAUUGCCGCCGUAGAGAAGGCACAACCUCACAAUGAGACACUGGUCCGCUUACGGAACAUGUGGCAGUUUGCCGCCCUCAUGCAAUACAUGUACAUUUUCGGCAAACCCGUCAAGAUUGACCCCGAAUUCGACAUGGAGGACCUUGAGCAUGAAUGUCUGCGACCCGAAGCAUCGGAAAAGCUGGCCGAGAUUGGCCUUACCCUGCUCAAAUUCGUCUCUUCGCACAGAGGCCUGAACUACGACAACUACGACGAGUACACCCGCCGUCAAUUUGUCGCCAAAGCUCCAGAACGCAACCCCUACGGCACCGACGACGUUCCCAACAAGUUUGCCGACUUCGACGUCUUCACCAAAAUCCGCGUCCUGCACCAACUAUCGACAUGGACUCUCUGGAAUGCAGAGCGCAUGCGUGGCUUGAUGGAAGAGAAGGACAAUGAGCAGACUCAAUGGCGCAUCGAAGAACUUGGCUGGGACUCUCAGGACCGCUCGUACUUCGUACUGGACGACGACCGCUUGUACCGCCGCACCGAAGCACCGCUACCACCUGCUCCGGCACCCAAACCAAAGGCAAAGGCCAAAUCACGCAAGUCCCGCGGCUCGCGUGCCAGCAAACGUAUCAAGCUGGAUGCUUCUGCUCAAGAGAGUGAAGUCGAAGGAGCAGAGCAAGAGAACACCGAGGUCGACUUGAAGGUCGACGAACCGACCGAAGACGACGGGUUCGGCGGCAUGAAAUGGGAAUGCAUCGCCGUCACGCAUGACGACUACACCAAUUUCCUAGAGUCACUCCGCAAGAGUCGCGACCCGAACGAGAAGGCUCUUGUCAAGCGCAUCAACGAACAAAUCAUGCCAAUCCUCGAGAAGCGUGUCGAAGCACAACGCCAGAAGGUGCUCAAGAAGCAAAGAGAAUUGGAGAAUCUGCAAAAGAUGGCAACAGCAAAGAGAUCAAGCAGACUCGCUGGCAAGGCAGAGCAGCGCAAGGCUGAGGAGGAGACAGCCGAAGCAGAGAGGAGAAGAGAGGCCGAGCUCGACAUGGCCCGCAAGGAGCAGCAGAAGCAGAACAAGAUGGAACACGCACGCGAAUCGCGCAUGCUCACCAGGGAACAGAGACUCAAGGAACGCGAGGUCAAGCGCAUCUUACACGAGGAAGAGCUUCGCAAGCUUGAAGAGAACCAGAAGAGCUUGGAAAAUGGCGAUGAAAUCGAAGGUCGCCUGUCCGAGCGUCAUCUCAAGGCCGAGAUGGACAGAAGACAGAAAGAGCUGGAUGCGCUGGCUGAAGAGGAGGGCGAAUGGAUCUUUGAUUGUGCAGUCUGUGGCAAGCACGGUCAGAACUACGACGAUGGCACCCACUCGAUUGCUUGCGAAAAGUGUAACAUCUGGCAACACUCGAAGUGCCACGGCAUCGACGAGAAAGACGCCGAGAAGGACGACUUCCACUUUAUUUGCUCCGACUGCCAGAGGAAGCCGAAGCUGCAUCCAUUGCACUUGCACUUCCCAGGCCAAAAGGAAGCUACCGCUGCACAGGACGCUCCCCGCGGCCGCCCACUCGAAGCCGUCGAGAUCACAUCAACUCCUCGUUCAGCAGCCCGACGCUACAAUCUCCUUGACGGCCCUUCGCUCUCGCCAUCAGGUCAAAGCCCUGGUCCGCCAGGUUACCAUCGUCCUGCUGGUGCUCCGCCCGUCGGUGUCCCUCAGCAAGCCUGGAAUGGCACUACUCUUCCUCCGCCAGCUCGUCCGUCCUCCAACUACGGCAGCUCCCCUCCACCACCCACACAGAAAUCUGACGACGGUGAUCUCUCCGCACUACACGCCCAAGCUCAUGCCGGCGCCGUAUCCGCACACUCUAUACAUCCUCCAGUCUUGCAACCUAGUGCCUUGCAAAUGGGCCCACCCUCUCCUACCAAAGGCUCUCGACCAUCUUCAUCUCACGGACCCUCGGAACACNNCGCACCAACGGUUCCGCGACACCACACCACCACCACCCAUCGAGAACCAGUCCCUCGCCUUCUGCCCAGCGCCUCUUCCAGAGCCCCAGUACAUCGUUCCCUCCUCCCGCCCUACCACAGCAACAACAGCGUGCCGCCNGCCCACUCUCCGACCAAACAACCCAGCUCCUCACCCUCACACGCUCAGCCCUUCCAUACACCCGCCGCCAACGCCACCCCUUAUACCUACCAAAAUACCUCCACCGUAACCCCCNNCGCAUCUGCAGCAACAAACAUCCUCCGCGCAGGUCCUCAUAUGCAAAGCUCGCCUCUGCCACCUCUCCCCACUGGAAACACACCUCUCAUUCCCACUAAACACGAUACACCGCGUCCCAUGUCUCGAGAUAGCAUGGCAGAGACGCCAGUAGUGCCACCAAUCACCGCAUUGAGCCCCAGUCCUGCCAUCUUCAUGCCUGCCAUACCAGCAGCACCACCCGAGGGCGUCGAGGGCGUCGAGACAUCGCUUGGCGUGGGUAGUGUUCCGGUCAAGAAGAUGCCACCCAGUGCCAGUCAAGAGAGUGAUGGCGACAUCAGUAUGGCUGACAUGUAA